AAAGAAAAAAUAUUACACAUCCGAAUGUAUUAUAUUUUUUAACAUGGAUGUGUACGUGUGUUUGUGACAGCGCCACAUGUCACUUUCUUCAUAUCUGAUGCAGUCGGUAACCUUAAUUGACGUGACAGACUGUUUUUGUACCAUUACAGCUGUCACCAAAGUUUGUUAAAUACCGCAUGCAUUACAAAAACAAACAUCUUUUAAAAAAUUAAGGAAAUUAAAAAAUGUACAUUGCUGCUCUCCAAAGAUAACCUCUGUGUUCUUGUGUUCAAUAUUACAGAAUUUAUCAAAAUUUUAAUGUUAUCUUCAAAGUGUCGAGGAAUAUAAUAAUGGAGUUGUCAAAAGAUACCAUUGAAGGUCUAACUAAUGUUUUACACACUAGUCAUAUACCUGAAGAUAAUUUUCUACAAAUUUUAGACACAGCUGUCUCUCAGAUAUGUGAAAAUCCUGCUCAAGUAAAAUGCAUCACCAAAGCAACGGAUUCAAAGCCAGUGUUAGCGAAGAAGAUUUUUGCUGACAUGCUAUGCUUGUUCGUAGAAGCAGCCCGUCAUGAUUUCGAUGAAGAAAAGUUAAGAAAUUUCCUAUACCAAGCACAUGUCGACGAAGAAAGGAAAAAGAAAUUAUGUGAAGCAUACAUUAAUAACAAGAAAACAAUACAGUCUCGGUUGGAGUUGAUCGGCAAUAACCCACCGCAUAUCGUCGAUGUAGAUUGGCAUUUAGAUUAUCGCGUCAAGUUGGACACAUGCAAUUUGCUGGGUAUUCCUCUUUAUCACGUGCGACUUAUCACUAAAAAACAUGAAACAAUAAAUCAUGUAACAUUCUCAUGUACAAUACAGCAGCUGCAGGAAUUAAUAUUUAAGCUUAAAGAUGCCAUCAGAUACUCAGAGAAACUAACUAAUGUUUAGCUAUACCUUCAAGUUAUCGAUGUAUUUAAUAUAGUACUACACAUGAA